CUGAUGACGUAUGAUGCUAGUCGAAGGCUAACCGUGUCGAACCAGCGACCAUUACAGCGUUCGGGACCGUUCUCACUUUUAUUUCAACAUUUCAAAGCUUUAAUCAUGAUGCAAUUUAUUCUUGGCUUCACUCUGGGAAACGUGGUUGGCAUGUAUCUAGCACAGAAUUAUGAGGUACCCAACAUUUCAAAGAAAAUCGAGGCCUUUAAAAAAGACGUUGAAGCCAAAAAGAAACCCCCAGAGUGACAAAGUCUCAUUAUGAUUUAUGAAGAUGGAUGGGACAUUUUGAAAAACGGACAUAUACUCCACGUUACUUAUUAAACAGUAUGAACAAAAGAGCCCCCAAAAUACUGGCUAUUUUCCAAGUGUCAGCAGUGCCUCAAAAUCCCCAUUGUGUUCAAAGUUGAAAGUGUUCUGCAGCUUUUAGUAUUGUUUCCCUCUUUUCUUUCUUUCUUUCUUUCUUUUGUUUUAAAGCAGGGUACAUUUGUUUGACACCUGAUAAAGAUAUGUUUGCUGCGUUAUUAUUUAUCAUCAAUAUAUAAAAAACAGUCGAUUUUUUUUUUUUCUAAAUUAAAACAGCA